AACGGGAGAGAUAAACAGAGCCGUGCAGCAGGAGCGCGCGCAGGAGGCAAAAAGAGAGAGGGACACGGGGGAGAGGAGAGAGAGAGAGAGAGAGAGAGAGAGAGAGAGAUAGUGCAUUAGAAUUUAGGAAAUAACCUCCCUCCCCUCCACCCUUCCCCACCUCUCCCACCCACCUCUUGUCUAUCUCUCCAUCUUCAUCCCUUGCUUUUUUCUGUUUUCUCCCCCUUUUCCUUCCUUCUUUCCUUCAUUCCAGUCUUUUCUUUUCUGUUCUUUUUUCUUUUUUUGAAUGGACAGAAAUUAUCCUGGCGCAGGAUUCGGUGAGCUCGGCGCCGGGACGGGAUGGAGUUACGAGAGGUCGGCCAAGGCGAGUCUGAUGUAUGGGAGCUCCAGAUCCUCCCAUCCGGACUCCGAAUUACUCCAUCGUCAAGCUUAUGCCACACCACACCCCCUGCAGGGCUAUGCUACUAAUCACCACCCAGGCAGCUCUGGACAGGCCGGGGCAUGGGGGGCUGCAGGCCGAAGCCUGGGGCUUUCGGGUUUGUUUGAUGCUGGGUUACACCAUGCUAGCCCUUCAGGGCCUGACGCUUCUGUCAUGAACCUGAUCUCUGCUUUGGAAUCCAGAGGUCCACAGCCUCCCCCAUCAGCAUCUUCCCUCCUCUCUCAGUUCCGUACCCCAUCAUGGCAGACAGCAAUGCAUACCCCAGCCCCUGCUGAGCUUUUCAUCUCCAGUGCUUUGCCUGGAUCUGGCUCAUUUCCUUCUUCAUCUGCCCUGUCCGCGUAUCAGCACCCUGCCUCCUUCUCUGGGCGUUCAUUUUCUGGGGUUACACCAUCGUUGUCCCUCCAGGAUACACCUACAUUCAGCCCAACAUCCAAUGGCCUUCUAUCACCUCAUGAUUCUUUACUGCACAUAAAAACACCAUCCCAAUCCAGCCUGGGCUUUGAUCGUCUUCUCUCUUCACAGAGUGCAGCAUCAGCAUACAGAGGAGCCCAGGAACCCUCAAGUGGUCCUCAGCCUCAAGCACCCACAUCAUCCUCUCGCCACUUGCCUCCCCCUCAAUUUAACCUGCUCUCCUCCCAGCUUCAAGAGCAGACCUCCCAUCUGUACAAUGCUUCUGUAUUUUCUUCAGCACCUGCACCAUCGCAACCACCUACUUCACAGGAAAGAACAAUUCCAAGGCAAGACAGUGUGAUUAAGCACUACCAGAGACCUUCCCCUGCACAGUCCCAGUUACCCUCAUCUGCAUCACAUCCCCUGCAACAUUAUCUCAGCUGUGGAACAUCAGGCUACCAGCAGAUCUCACACCAUCGGCACGGUGGAAUGAACUGUAGCCCACUUGGUGACCAGAGCCCAUCAUCUGAUCCCAAGCCUUCCCCUAGAUCAGACCAAGUGUACCGCCCCAUAGUACAGCCGCCAUACUGCUCUUCCUCGACUUCCUCAACACCUGCCUCUGGUGGUAUUGGAAAAUCAGGAAAGAGUUCUAGUUCAAGCAGUGGCUACUCAUCUUCUAGCUCUUCUUCAUCCAGAACUCCUCACACACCUCCCUCCGCUUCCUCUACAACUUCAUCCUCCUCCACUUCUUCUAACCCAAGUGCUUCAUCUAGCGCCUCCUCUGCUCCUUCAAGACAACAACCCCCUCCCCAGUCUGCACCACAACCCCCUCCGCCACCACCUCCACCCCUCCCUGUUUCCUCCUCUGCUACACAACAGCCUCCAAAUAAACCCUGCCUUUCCACAUAUGGCUCCCCUGUAGCACCUGUUAAACCCACCUCUGGCCUCCCUGGCCAAACCCCACCACAACAACACUCACAAUCAUAUUCACCAAGCCAACCUCCAGCAUCCCACCUCUCUCAGCCGUACGGGGGUUUCAGUUCACCUCAGGCACAGGAAGUUAGCUCGGGAUCGGGGAAAGGGUUUGGGGGUCUGGGAGCGACAGGGCGUUCAUUUUCAGGGGAGGGGGUAUAUGGCUCUGAAUCAGGAUAUGGUUCUUUACCACCCUCGCUUGGAGGAGCAGGAAGUCCUUCAAUGGGUUACGAGAAUACAGGACAUUCGCCUGCCCUAAUUGGAUCUGGAGGUGGUACUAGUUCAACAAGUAGUGGUACUGGCUCAACAGGUGGUAGUGCAGCAGCUAAUAGCAGUAACAGUGUUGCAAGUGGUGGGGCUGGAGGAUCAUACCACCUUCCUGAUUCCAGUCCCUCACCUUCACUUAACUCUGCAAUCAAUAGACCUGGACUGCACUCCCCUGCACCCACUCACCCUGCACAGUCUCCAGGAGGAACUGGGGGUAAUAAGUACCUAUCCUCAGUUCUCUCUCCUAAUUUUUUAUCUUCUCCACAGGGUUACUCAGACACACGGGCACCACCACCACAGACACAGCCUUAUCAUUCUGCAGCACCUAAGAGCAAGUCAGAAUCUGAUAUGCUUAGUAUUGAACAAGCUCAAGAGGAGGAUGAAGAUGAUGAUGAUUUUCUAAUACAGCACCUUUUGCACUCCCAAAGCCCAGCACCCCAUCCAUCUCAGCACCACACUCAGCAGCAACCACCACAGGUGACUUCACAGCAGCAGCCGGCACAGCCACAAUCUAUGCCACAAAGUAGGGAAGAAGCAAAGGGAAUGUCUGCCUAUGAACUGAACAAGGCAUCUGAGGAACGCUACCAAUUACAGAGUGUCAUUAGAACUAAUAAUGCCACUAAUAAUGUGGGUCCAGGAACAGCAAACACUGCUGGACAAGGAACUGGCCCAGGAACAGGCCAAGAGAGUCAGCUGGAAAUAUCUCUAAAGAAGCAGCAAACAAAAAUAGACAGGGCAGUAUCAGGAGCUGGGGCAAAUGGAGGACGAGGGGGAAUUGAUUCACUCCCUCACUCCCACCAGCAUGCUCAGCACACUCACCAACAUGACUCCCUUGGCUCAGUGGUCCAUUAUGGGAGAGGGGACUCUUAUGCCCACCAGACACACCAACACCACUCUUCACACCCACAGCAUUCCCAACAUCCACAGCAUUCUCACCCCCAUCCCCUGUCACACACCCAUGUGGACAUCAAGAAAGCUACAGAUUCUUCAGAGCUACCCUACAUACGAAAACCACCAGACUUGCAGCAGCAAAAGUCUCAACCUUCUCUUUCUCACAUGGAUUCACCACCUGACCAGACUCAGCAACCUCAGCAAACUCAUCUUCUACAGACUGUCCUUUCUCACUCUACACGUAACAAAAUGGACACUCAACAGAUUCCCCAACCAACACAGCAUUCAAUAAAUCAACAGGCUUUAUUGGGACCAAAUGGAGUCCUUGGAACUGGAAAUGGUGGGAGUGUGGAAACCCAGUCACAGGCCUCUCAGCUUCAACUCCAAUUACAAUCUCAGUCUAUGGAGGCCCACUAUGGUUGUGAGGCACAGCGAAACCAAAGCCAGUCAAAUCAGAAUUCAGUCUCACAACUCGAAAUGCUUGAACGAUCACUUUCUAGAGCAAACAGUCAUGAAGGUGCAGGGCCCACUGAGAGAAUUGUUGGUGGAGAUGGAAGUGGUAAUGACCAUCAAAGACCACAGCAACAGCUGCAGCACCAGCAUAGGAUGCCGUCACAUCACCAGACUCACCAUCCUCAACAAACACCUUCAGAGCUUCAUGAUUUUCUUAAUGAGUCAAAUUUGAGCAUGUCAGCCCCAUCUCAUCUGCAUCAUAUGGCUUCUCAUCAUGGCCCCCCUCAUUCCCACCACCAUUCACAACCCCACCCACAUCACCAACACUCCCACCAGCACUCUCGUCACAUGCCACCCAACACUGUACCAAUGCAGCCACAGGCCCAGCCCAGGGAACCAGAGCCUCAGCUUUCUCAGCCACAGCUAGAUCAACUUAAAGACCACCAAUUUGACUCUGAAAGUUCUGGUGUAAAAAAUACACAGAAUCAGGGACAAAACCAACAGCAGCAACAGAGGUUUGUGCCUCUGACCUCCAUCUGUUUCCCUGACUCACUUCUACAAGAUGAGGAUCGAUCAUUUUUUCCAGCAAUGGAGGACAUGUUUUGUUCUGAGGACUACAAACCAAGCUGUGCAGGAGGAGCAGGGGCAGGGCAAGGAGAAGACAUUGUAUCUGAAGCACGUGUAAAUGUUCAAGAUGGAAUAGAGUCUGUUAAGGCAGGUGGAGGGGCAGGUGGAUAUGAUAUGAUGGGCCAUCAUGAAGACCAGAGUUAUGGGCAGUACUGUCACAGUCUUUCUGAAUCUGGCAAUGGGACAAUGCAUCUAGAUUUAGACUCACUGAAAACUCAUGAACUCCCAUCUACUGUGAAUACAGAGCAACUGGGCCUGAUUCAGUCUCAGACAACAGGCAUGGGAAUGGGUGGAACUGGGUCCAGUAUAGAUGGAACAGGGAACAAAAUUAUGGGAAAUUCUGGUGUAGGAGGUGGUUCUGGAACGGGUGGGCUGACUUCACCCAUCUUUUGUUCCUCUAGACCCAAAAAACUACUGAAGACCAGCUCCUUUCACCUUCUUAAACAGCGAAGAGACCCCAAUUCCCAGCCACAGAUAAAGAAAACUUAUGCACAAGAAUAUGAAUUUGAAGAUGAUGAAGACAAAGCAGACGUUCCUGCUGACAUCCGACUGAACAGCAGGCGACUCCCAGAUUUGCUUCCUGAUCUGGUGUCUAGCUGCAGAAAGUCCAGUGGUGGUUCAGGGGUUGGUGGUCUAAGUCCGCUAAUGAGUGACUUGGAUUUCUGCAACCCCUCAGGAUACUCGUCACUUGGACCUCCUCCACAGCUCCUUCCCCAGGAUGGGCCAAAGAAGAGAGGUAGAAAACCCACCAAACCCAAACGAGAAGGCCCUCCAAGGCCUAGAGGAAGACCUCGUAUUCGUCCACUUCCAGAACCUCCAUAUUGCAGGGGGCUGAUGGGACCUGGUGCUGGAGAGAGCCGCAGGGGUCGUGGUCGAGGAAGGGGUCGUGGCAGGAAAGAUGAUCUCAUGUUGGAGAUGCAUAGAGACAUCAACAAAGGACCGAAUUAUCAUCAACAGCCUCACCAACAAGCUCCUCAUCUCCAUCACCAACAGCAACUUCAACAGCAACAUCCACAACAGCAGCACUUAGCACAACAUCAACAUCUGCACCAUUCACAGCCACAGCAGCACCUCCACCCACAGCAGCAACACAUGCACCAACAGCAGCACCUACAUACACAACACCAUCAGCACUUACAUCAACAGCAAACACAUCAUCAUCAACAACAACAACAACAACAACAACAUCAGCCUCAACAGCAGUAUCAGGAGCCCAUCAAACCAAUUAAAAUAAAACUUCCUCUUCCCUCAAUGCCUUCAUCUGAAUGCCUCCUGAGGACAGACUCCUUGUCAAGCACAGACCCAGUUCUGUCUGAUGGCUCAGUGGGAUCUGCACCAUCUCUUGGUCUGAGCCCUGGACCCACAUCUGCACUGGACCUGAACAGAGCCGAUAUGAACUGUGGUCAGGAUAAGAUUAAAGAGAAGGAUCAAGAGAUAUCCUGGGAGAGAGACAUGGAUGAACAGUUGACCCCAGAGGCAUGGGCCACCAUGCAAAAACUGUCCAGCUCUACUGACGACAAGCCAUCAGAGCUGAAGUCUGGCUUCAUCACUUCCUUCCUGGACUUUCUAAAAACGGAGAAAAAGCCUCCAUCUGGCCCGCUCCACAUGCAUGGCUCCAGCCCUGUACAUGAGCCCUCUGUGAAGGGAGGGAUUCAUCCUUUAUCACCACCUAAACCACCACCUCCUACUCCUCCACCAUUUGGAGAGACAGAAGGAGAAGGAGGCCUCGCCCUGAGCAAUUGCCCUUCACCAUGCAAACGCCUGGAUGAGGAACUCAAGAGAAACCUGGAGACACUGCCAUCUUUCUCCUCAGAUGAAGAAGAUUCGGUAAGCAAGAACCAGGACCUUCAGAAGAGCAUCUCUUCUGCCAUCUCUGCCCUCUAUGACACACCCCACAGCCUGGCUGCCCUCCCACCCCCUCCCACUCCAUCUCCACCCCCUGCACAGGCCCCACCUCUUGAUACACCUCCACCACCUGCUGAUUCAGAGACGUUCCCAGAGCUAGAGACUCACCUGAUGACCCAUGAGCUUCAUACACACACUGAGCUGAACCUACAAGAGAGGCCACACACUCCAGAGGAGGAAGAGGAGGAACCCUUAGAGGAUGAAGGGCCAGAGGAGCUAGAGGAGGAGGGAAUGCAGAAAGUGGAUGAAAAAGAUGAUAAGUUGGAGGAAGAUGGAGGAGAAGAAGAGGAGAACAUUGAACAGAGUAGAAUAGAGGACAUGGAGAAAGAGGAGGAUGCUGAGGAGAUGGAAUUCUGUGACACUGAUGCUCCAAAAGUUAAUGAUUCACCCUCUGAGCCUCCUCUUGCUCCUGCACCACCCUCUUCUCCAUCUCUUUCUCCCUCUCCUCCCACCUCCUCCUCUCCAUCACCUCUUCCUCCUCCUCUUCUUUCUAUUCCUUCACCUCUUCCUGCUGUGGAAGAGGACAGCCCACAACCACAACCUCCUCAGCCUCAGUCUGCUCUACUUCUCCAUCAGUCUCUCCCUCCCAGUCCUUCUCCUCCAGCUCUCCCCUCUCCAUCUCCUCCUCCUCCAACACUUCCUCCCUCUGCCACUCCUCCUCCAUCUUCCUCCCCUCCCCUACCAAUGGAGUUACCCCAACCAUCUCCUCCCUCACCCCCUACCCCCGAGGACGCCCCCACGCCACAGAUCACCUCCCUCCACCUGGCCAAAAAGCAGGACAAUGCUGCCAUCGCCAGAGAGAGUGAGGAGGAGGACAGCGAGAGCGGUGGUGAGGGCAUUUUCAGAGAGAGGGACGAGUUUGUGGUGCGCACCGAGGACAUCGGGACGCUCAAGCUGGCUUUGCAGACGGGACGAGAACCUCCUCCAAUUUGGAGAGUUCAGAAAGCUCUGCUGCAAAAGUUUGCUCCUGAGAUUAAGGAUGGUCAGAGGCAGUUCUGCGCCACCAGUAACUAUCUGGGCUACUUUGGAGAUGCGAAGAUGAGAUACCAGCGUCUGUACGUGAAGUUCUUGGAGAACGUGAACAAAAAGGAUUACGUGAGAGUGUGUUCUCGUAAACCAUGGCACAGAGCCGUUAUUGCGCUCAGGCGCCAAUCACUUGCUAAGCCACCGCCCACCAUCCGGACUCAAACCCCACCCCAGGUGGAACGAGAGGAGAGAGAAAAACAAGAGAGAGAAAGACAACGAGAGAGAGAGCAACAUGAACAAAGAGAUAGAGAGAGGGUUAGAGAGAGAGAGAGAAAAGAGAGGGAGAAAGAGGCAGAGCAGAGGGAAAGAGAAAAGCAAGAAAAAGAGAAAGAACGGGAGAUGAAAUGGGAGCAAGAGAGGGAGGAGAAGGAGAUAGAGAAAAGAAGGAGAGAGAGAAGCAACGAGAAAAGGAACGAGAGAAAGAGAGGGCAAGGAAAGAGAGAAACAACAAGAGAAGGAGAGGAGAGAGAGCAAGAGAAACAAAGGGAAAGAGAGAGGCAGAAGGAGAAAGAGAGAGAAAGACAGCGAGA